GUUUAUACAAAUUUUUGUUACUCAAUAAUCAAAAUAUAAAAUGCGAAUAUUUGGUUUUUUAUCGAAGAAAGUGGGUGAUCUCACUGUUAAAUAUUCAAACCUUCCUGAAUCGUACAUAAAAAGAAGCUAUGAACAGGUAUAUUGGAAGAAUCCAACUGGUUAUCCACAGUAUCCUAAAGCCCAGGUAACACGUAAGAAGUUCCGUUUUACCACAAACAGACCGUGGACUGCUCAGUUCAGACAACAAAAUGAGACUGGUGUGUUGAGAAAAAAAGUAUUCUUGGAGCCCGUUGGAGAGUGGAGUUUUUUCAAGGGCGAUAGAGUUGAAGUUAUGGUCGGUAAAGACAAAGGAAAGCAAGGCAUUGUUACCCAAGUGAUUCAAGAACGCAAUUGGGUAUUUGUUGAGGGGCUCAACACCCAUCUCAGAGUUGUGGGUAAAGACAAGGAUUUCCCAGGUGUGACAGUCCAGUCGGAGGCGCCACUCCUCGUCACAACUGAUGUGAAGCUCGUAGACCCGGAGAAUUUGAAGCCCACUGAAAUUGAGUGGAGAUACACGGAAGAGGGUGAGAAGGUCCGUGUGUCUCUGGCCAGUAGUCGCAUCAUCCCAGUACCGAAAUCGGCUGAAGAGACCAUAGACUACAAGAGUAAAGAUCUGUAUAUAGCCAAUCCUGACAAGGAUACAUCAGCUGAUGUUGUUACUAAGAUAACGUUCGAGGCUAAAUUGCGAACUUUUGAAAUGGAUAUCAUGGAAUCGAUGGGCAUUAAAGAAGACAGAGUGCCGGCCAAGUCCUACUGGUACUAACAGAAUUUGGAAAUUAAAUUGAAAAUUAAAAAAAUAUAUGUAUAUAAUAAUUGUUAUUUUAUUAGUUAAUGAUAAUAUAGAAUU